GCUGUCGAUAUCUUCGGCGGCUGCCGCUCCUUUGGCUCGAUUGUACAUACUGUCAGACUUUGUUGCUUUGGGUGGAUGCGAGGUGCUGAGGUCAGUGAGAGCGGGUGAAACAAGGUCGUGCAUGCACCACAACGAAGCAGUCCCGACAGCGGUAUCUACAACCAGGACGAACGAUUUGUGGGCCCGUUGAGCCUCUCUCCCGAACGGCGAGUUUAAGGUUUAUGCUGAGCUGAGCUUGGAGUAAGGUGUUGACUGAUUUUCAUUGUUGAAAGGAAAGUAAGGGAGGAAGGAAGGGAGGCGCGAGUAAGGAGCAUCCUUCCUACCCGCUCCCGCAUUCCGAUCUCUCGAAUCCGUCACCAUGGACACGGGUCCACAGCCGCAGAUCGAGACCGAGGUAGAGACCGAGGUCGAAAUUGAAGUUCAUCGGGAACAGGAAUCGGAAUCGGCACAACAGAUCCUGCAGCACGAUUCGAUGGUCACGGUCAGGCUUUCGGAGCCCCCGCCAGCAUUGACGGUUGACACAAGUACGAAUAUUACACAGAGGGUGCGGAGGGGUACUAUUGAGGGCAGAAGGACAGAAGAUGUUGUGCGGGAUGGGCAGACGCCGGACGAGGAGAGUCCUAGGAUCAUGAUGAUGGAUCCGAAUGGUGAGGUGUUGAGUCCCACCGGCAGCGAAUCUGCGAGUGAGAGGAGCCCGGAGUCGAGGAGAGGAAGUGAUAGUUCGGAAGCAAGUGUAGAAGGUGGAGGUGUCAAUUGGGAGGAACUCGAGAAAACAGAGGAGAAGGAGCCGAGAGAUGAGAGCUCUGAUGAUUCUACGGCAUUGCUGCUUGCGAGACUCGAACAGGAAAAUAAUCUCCUAGCCACGAAUCCGAAAUCGGGAAUUGCGAAGGUUCAAAUCAUCGAGAAGCAGAAUAACAGGAGUGUGUCGAGACCGCCGUCGAUACAACAUUUGAAGAGAUUGGUCAAUGGGCCCACGCCCACAGCAUUGCGGUACUCGAUGAUUCCGGCGCCGCCUAUGACGGAUCUGGAAUUCUACGCUGCGCUUGUUCAAGAUUAUACGAGGACUGCUCAAUGCUUGCCCACACUAUUGUCGAAGAAGAUCCGAAGUGGUGUGCCUCCACCUUUGCGAGGUGUGGUAUGGCAGAGCAUGUCUGGGGCGCGAGACCGGCUGCUAGAAGAUCAAUUCGAUAGGCUGUGCGGGGAAUCAAGUCCAUAUGAAGGCAUCAUCGGGAAGGAUCUGGGAAGGAGCUUCCCAGGUGUUGAGAUGUUUCGCGAUCCGGAGGGAGAUGGACAGCGAAUGCUGGGGCGGGUGCUGAAAUGCUUUAGUCUGUACGAUCACAAGAUUGGGUAUUGUCAGGGCUUGGGUUUUCUUGUUGGCCCGCUGCUUAUGCAUAUGGGUGACAAGCAGGCCUUCUGUGUUCUUGUCAGAUUAAUGGAGCAUUACGAUUUACGGAACUGCUUCCUGCCAGACCUCUCUGGUCUUCAUGUACGAAUAUACCAAUUCCGCCAACUGCUCAAGCUACAUCUACCAACUCUUUCCGCCCACCUGGACGCCCUACAAAUUGAGCCUGCAUACGUUUCACAAUGGUUCUUGUCAUUCUUCGCAGUUACUUGUCCUCUGCCGAUGCUGUUCCGGAUAUACGAUGUCAUAUUUGCUGAGGGAGCUUCGGAAACUAUAAUGAGGGUGGCUCUGUCACUCAUGCGGAAGAAUGAGGAGAAGAUCAUGGCAUGCACAGAGUUCGAAGAUGUUAUGCAAUUACUGCUGUCGAGAGGCCUUUGGGAUGUCUAUCAUUACAACGCCGACGAGUUCGUCAAUGACUUUGUCAGUUUGACGGGAGUAGUCUCACAUGAGAGCCUGCAUGCACUGGCAGUCAGCUACAGCGAAGCAAAGGUUGCCGAUGCCGUUACUCCAUCGGAAAACAUUGGAUCUGCGGCAACGAGAUUUCUGGGUCGGUUAUGGGCCGGAUCGAAUUCUUCAACAAAAUCAAUGAAUCUGAGUGUGAGCCCAGGUCUCACAGCACCCUCUCGGCCUGUCAGCUUUCUACGAAGAUCUCCUUCGAAGAACAGCAUUGCUUCGACAUUUAACUCUAUGGAAGGUGGUGGAACAGAUAGCAUGCUGAGCUCUUCCACAGAUGCAACUAGCAUGUCUCGGGACUCUUCAAACGCAGAUGGGUCUUCAGUUCGCACUCCAUCUGUCAGCUUCAACAGUGCGAUUGCUGUCCCUUCGAAGACAAAUAAGGACAAGAAUCUGCAUAGCCAGAUUGAAGAUCUGUUGACAGCUCUCAGCGAGAUGCAACGGGACCAUGCUAUUCUUGUAACUCAGCUGCAAAAAGAACGUGAGGAGCGAGAAGAGGAUAGAAAUGCUGUGAGAUUGUUGCUUGAUGGACUAAGGAGGAAGACGAGUUCGGAAACUGUGAAGAGUUCUGGCAGUGAUGGAACUGUGAAAGCUGCCUCUGGUGAAGCUGAUGAGAUUGUAGUCGUUGAGAAAGAGGUCGAGGCGGAACUAGCCUCCUCCGAAGAGGCUGACAGUCCCACCCCUGGAGCUCCGAUCACAGCAGAUGAUCUGUCCCGACUGCUAGAUGUGGUAGAAGACCGAUUUCAAGCACCUUCACCCAAUCGCCGAUCAUCAAUGCUUCAGUCGAAAUCCCAACUUCGAGAAGAACUGGCACGGUCGAAAGAACAACUUAUCAUCGAAGUGUCUAAAUCACAAGACUUCAGCAGGCGGCUAUCAGAACAGCGACAAGAGAUCCAGAAUCUCAAAGACCAAGUCAAAGAAGGGCAUCUGCACAUCAGAAACGCCCACGCCGAGAAACAGCGCCUGGAAAAGCAAAUCCAAGACUCAAAGUUGCGAAGCGGCGCAGCAACAACGCCGGACGGAAGCAGAGACACCGAAUCCGAAUGGCCGGCCCGUACUUCCGCUCCCUCUGGUCUCCGCGAGCUCAAACUCGGCCGCGCAAACUCGAAGGAGAGAUCAAAAGGACCUAUGUUCGGCAAACGUACAUCCAGUCUCGCUGCCAUCAACGGCAGCUCCAGGGACAAAGAAAACGAGAAUCCCGGCCCAUAUAGAAGCCGAUCUUCCUCCCAAACUUCCUCUUCUGCGCUGUCGCCAACGAAACAGGUUCAAGAUGCUGAUACUGAUACGUUGGUGCUGGAGUUAGUGCAAGCCAAGACUGCGGAAGCGGUUGCGAAGCAGGAGGCUGAGGAGGCGAAGGCUAAGCUUGAGAGCUUGAGGAAGCUGCUCGGCAUGGGUGGCGAGAGUCAAGGUGCAAGUGGGGGGCAUAGAGCGAGUCCAAGUCAGGCGAGUUUGAGCUCGGGGAUGGGGUCUUACUUGACGAAGGGCACCAAGGCAACAGAGGCCCCUACGUCCGUGAGUGCUACAGCUGGGUUUUGGGGAAGUUGGGGAAAGAGAGCCACUGCGGGAGAGAAGGUACCUGCGGGGCAUGGAGGCUAGGGAAGAAUUGGAGAGGGUUUGGUUAGGAAUAGGGCAGGAAGAGGAGGUAAUUAAGAGGUCGAUAGGGAUAUGAAUUUUGAGAGCUUGAAGUAGAGAGAGAACGAAAUACCCAGCGGAG